AUGGAUGUGCCAAUCGCCGCCAAUGUUCUUGGAACAGCGGGCGCGAUAUGCUGGUCCAUACAGCUCUUGCCACAGAUCGUUAUCAACUAUCGCCGGCACGACACGACCGGCUUGCAGCCCACGAUGAUGAUGCUCUGGGCAUGCGCCGGUGUCCCACUUGGAGUCUACAACAUUGUGUCCAAUUUCAACAUUGCUCUCCGCAUCCAGCCGCAAAUUCUGACCUUUCUGAGCCUGCUGACCUGGAUGCAAUGCAAGUACUAUGGAAACAAAUGGACUUUGUUAAAAGCCAACGCUGUCGCUGUUCCCGUUGGGAUCCUUCUUGGAGGUCUCGAAUGCGGCCUAGUUUUUGCCCUACGCGAAGCUCGAGACAACAAUACGGACUGGCCCAUCAUCUUCAUGGCAGUGCUCUCAGCAGUCCUUCUUUGCGCAGGUGUGCUGAGGCACUACUGGGAUAUUUACAAGGAGAGAACAGUCCGCGGCAUCUCGUUCAUGUUCGUGGCAAUCGACGCAUUGGGCGACCUCACAUCUCUUAUCUCGGUCUUCUUCGAGCCGCAGCUGGAGAUUCUAGGAAUGGUGAUAUAUGGGUCGGAGCUGGUGCUUUGGAUCGGUGUUAUGGCUGCUGGUGGGUACUACAAUCUCAUUCCAUGGACCCGAGAGAGGCUUGCGCAACGGCGUAGUCGCCAGGCAAGGCAACGCGAGAAUGUAGGGGCCGCGGAAGAUAUGUAUCAGCAGCAGGCCGCCCGGUCCUCGAGCACGGUGUUCAGAACCGCCGCCUCAGAGUUGGAGAGCUUGCCAACUACCUUGACGCAACGCAACGUGGCACAUUCGCGAUAG